AUGGUUAGAAAAAAGGAUAAGUUUUGGGAACAUGUACAACAACUUGGGCCGAGCCGUUUUAAAUGCAAUUAUUGUGAACUUGACUACUCUGGUAGUGUUACUCGAGUGAAAGCUCAUUUGGCUUGCUUGACUGGCCAUGAUGUUCAAAUUUGUACAAAAGUCCCUGAUCAUGUUCAAGCUGAAGCCAGUGCAGAAAGGAAUUUGAGUGCAUCUAAAAAGAAAAGGACGAAUGAGACCCUAGAAAGUGGAAUUGGCUCCACAAGUUCUCUUGAUAGGAGCAUUCAUCAAACCACAAUGGUAGAGUUGGCUGCUAAACAAGACAAGAAGUCAUUAGAAAAGAUGAUAGGAGAAUUUUUUGUUAAGAAUAACAUUUCUUUCAAUGUUAUUCAGACAGAAUCUUUUAUUCAAAUGAUGAAAGGUGCUUGUGCCUAUGGUCAGGGUUUUGUUAUUCCUAGUUACUCUACUCUUCGUACCUGUUUGAUUCCUGAAGCUAAGGUAGAGAUCAUGGAAUAUGUGAGCAACAUAAAGUCAACAUGGGGUGGCACAGGUUGCACAAUAAUGUCUGAUUCUUGGACUGACCUAAAGAAGAGGUCUUGGGUCAAUGUGCUAGCUUAUUCUCCUGGUGGGGCUGUAUUCCUGAAGUGUAUUGAUUGUGGUUCAAAUAGUAUUACUGCUGGAUAUCUUUUUAGAGAAAUAUCUAAUGUUAUUGAAAUGCUUGGACCACAACAUGUUGUGCAAUUUGUUUCAGAUAAUGGUGCUAACUAUAAUUGUUGUGGUGAUAUGUUGAUUGGAAAAUGA